AUGGAGAAUCGGUUGAGGACUACAUCAAAGAGUUUGACAGACUUUCUAUUGUGUGUGAAAUCACAGAGAUGGAGAACUCAAGAUGGGACGUUUCGUGGCUGGUUUGAUUCAAAAAGGAAGAAGAAGAAGCCGAUUGUCAUCCCUCAAGUGGCACGAAGACCAACUUUCCCUGUCAAGGAUGGAUCUUCUUUUGUCAAAACCAACGAUCCACCUAAGAAAGGCAAGAAAGAUUUCAAAAUGAGUGACAUUGUUUGUUACAAGUGCGGAGGGAGGGGCCAUUUUAAGAAGGAUUGUCCAAAUUCCAGAGCUUUGACCAUGCAAGAGGUAAAGCUUAUUGCUAAUCAAACUAUCAAUUGGGAGGAUUUCGAGGUUGAAGAAGUGGAGGACGUGAAUUCUAAUGAAGGGGACGAGGAGGAAGAGCAAUGUUUCCCAGAAGAAGAGACCAAAACAAAUUUGGUUGUGAGAAGGGCGUUGCAAGCUCGUGUUGAUGAACCCUUGGCACCGCAAAGGCAACAUAUUUUCAUUACCAAGUGCAAGAUUAAAGGCGAGGUAUGUGAUUUAAUUGUUGAUGGUGGUAGUGAGGCAAACACAGUUUCCAAAACCUUGAUAGCUAGACUUUGUCUUACCACGACAAAUCACCCACAUCCUUAUAAGUUGAGUUGGUUGGACUCUAAUUCGAGUACGGGGGUUAGGAAACAAUGCAUGGUUAAUUUUUCUAUUGGGUCUUACCAUGAUACUCAACUGUGUGAUGUUGUGUCUAUGGAUGCUUGUAACAUUUUGCUUGGUAGACCUUGGCAAACUGAUCGAAAAUCUCAACAUGAUGGGGAAAUUAAUGGUGAGGAGGAAUUAUACUUGUUGUACUCUAAAGAGAUCCACGAAAAUUUUGUGAGUCAAAAUCCUAAAUUAGCUCAGUUGAUUAAGGAUUUUGAGGAUGUUUUUCCCGAUGAGUUACCGAAAGAGUUACCACCUUUAAGGGGAAUUGAACAUCAAAUUGACCUCAUUCCGGGUGCUCCCUUGCCUAACAAACCUGCCUAUAGGUGUAAUCCCUUGGAAACUAAGGAAUUGCAACGACAAAUUGAGGAGUUGAUGAGUAUGGGGUAUGUAAGUGAGUCUAUGAGUCCGUGUGCUGUUCCUGCUCUUUUGGUCCCAAAAAAGGAUGGUACAUGGCGCAUGUGUAUUGAUAGUAGGGCUGUUAACAAUAUUACUAUCAUGUAUAGGUUUCCAAUUCCAAGACUAGAUGACAUGCUUGAUGAACUGAGUGGUUCGAAGUGGUUUUCAAAAGUGGAUUUGAGGAGUGGUUACCAUCAAAUUCGGAUGAGGAAAGGAGAUGAAUGGAAGACCGCUUUCAAAACCAAGCACGGCAUGUAUGAGUGGCUCGUGAUGCCAUUUGGACUCACCAACGCACCUAGCACUUUCAUGAGGUUGAUGAACGAGGUGUUGCGACCUUUCCUUGGCAAAUUUGUGGUGGUGUACCUCGAUGAUAUCCUUAUUUAUAGCAAAGAUAGGGAUGAACAUUUGAUACAUUUAUUUAAAGUUUUUACGGUUUUGAGAGAACAAAAAUUGUAUGGAAAACUUGAAAAAUGUAAUUUUAUGCUAUAUGAGGUCAUUUUUCUUGGUUACAUUGUUUCAGGAGAAGGUGUGAAAGUUGAUCCUAGCAAGAUUGAGGCUAUUCAAUCAUGGCCUAGUCCAAAGACACUCACGGAGGUCCGUUCUUUCCAUGGAUUAGCUUCCUUUUAUAGGAGGUUCAUUCAUAAUUUCAGCACUCUCAUGACCCCUAUCACCGAGUGCACAAAGAAGGGCUCAUUUGAGUAG